UCGUUUCGUUUAAUGAAAACAAAAAAGCGUGCACCACAACGGAUUACAGCAGCGCGCGUAAAUUUUUCUGUGCCUUUGUAACUUAACGAAAGUUAGUGAAAUUACUCUUAACUUAACUACGAAAAAUGGAUGAAACAGUAUUAUUUCCCUCGCCUAACUGGUUCCAAGUGUCAGGUUUAGCGGUGAGCAACGACGGUUGGCUAGCUUACGGCGGUCCAAGCAAAAGUCUUUGUGUCUUGAAGCCUGUGCCAGCUGAUGCGAAUGGCGUGGUUGAAGGUGCCGAGCAAUAUACUGCAUAUGUCUUGAACAGAGCACAUCCGGACAAGAUUGUAAGUGUCGACAUAUCACCUGAGUGGCCAGAGAAGAAGCUGGUGCUGACGGGAAGUGCUAGUGGCUCUGUAAAACAAUGGAGUUUAGAGGAUACAAAUGGAGGAAUAAAAUUCAAAUCCAAUCUUAGUCAUGACAUCCACGCUCAUGAGAAAGAGGAAAUAAUUGGUGUUGCAUACAGUAAUGAAGUGUAUGCUGUAACAGUGGGCAGUUUUGGUAACAUUGUUAAAUGGGACCUAAAUGCCAAUGUGGUAAAAACAUUCAACAACAUGUUAAAGACAUUCAAGCCAACAUGCAUGGCCUGCUCCCAUCACAACAUACUAAAUGUGGCCAUUGGUACCAAGCAGGGAGUUCUGUUUGUGGUGGAUUUGAAUGGUGCUGGCAGCCUUAUCUACAAAGUUCGCAGCCAAGAUGACGAAAUCAUGAAUGUGAGCUGGUGUCCCCAAUAUGAAAUCCAAGUUGAGAAAUCGGUAGACAAGUCCCAAAGAACUGGCAUUGUUACUGAAAAACCUAACAAGUCCAAAUCAAAGAAGGGAGCGGCUCAGAAAGAGCCUCAAAAGUCUAGUGCCUCUGAUAGAAUGGAAAGAAUCAGGCAGCAACAAGACAUAGAAGAAAAGAAUACUUCUGGAAUCAAAAAGGAUCUUCCCCAAGACAGUUUUGAAGAUUUUGUAGUUGUUCCCGAAGAUGACAUGUUUGAUAUCUAUAAAGACCAUGAAGCUGAUGAAUUUGGGCACAAAAAAUAUGAACCGGAGGAUAUACUAGUAAAAAUCAAGGAACCCAAUGAACAGAAUGAUUAUUUGGCUGAAUGCUUGAAGCUUAAAGAUGCUAUACUAAAGAAAAAUAAUGAACCAGAGCCCUCAAUAGAGUCCUUAGUAGAGGCACUCGAGAAAAGUGAUAUAAACAGUGAAAGUGGUCCAAAAGAGUUACCUAGUGGUAGUAAGGUUAUAAGUGAGUCUAGUCAAGAAGAUACCAGUUGUAGUAGGGAGGAGCAAGAGGAAUCUAGUGCUGUGUCUAGUGUGCACAUGCAUAAGCAUUUGUUAGCAACAAUUGGGAAACAUGGUGGUGUUCGCAUCUGGUCAAAGACGGGCAAGCUUGUGGCCAGCUGCGCCUUGACCGCCGGGAAGCAGCAACAAGGCCGCUUUAGGAAUUCUUGGGCCACACUGGCUUGGUGCCAGCCUGAGUUGCUGCUGAUAGCUGAUGGGAAGAACCAGUUGUUGGAGUGCAACCCACUGAAACCUGAUUGCAAGAACAAGCUCGUAACGAAGCUGGUUCACACUCUGCAUAAGCGUGGGUUGCACUGCGUGGCCACCAACGCUUGGCGGGCGAACACCGCCGCGCCCGUCGCUUGGAGCGUGUCGCAGGACCGCUCGCUCGUCCGCUACAGCCUGUGCGACCGCUCCACCACCGUGUACAACACCUGUGGGGGCUUCGUCUACAACGUGCAAUAUUGUCCGUAUGAUGUCAACAAGGUAGCGGUGAGCGUAGGCGACGGUGCCGUCCGCGUGUGGACGGCCGAGGAGGCCGAGGAGGCGGAGGGCAAGUUGUCGGCCGGCCGCGUCGUCACCUACUGGCAGCACGUGCAGGGCAAAGUGCUCACCGUGGCCUGGCAUCCUACAAGGGAGAACUUGCUGGCGUUUGGAACGGCUGAAUCUAGGGUGGGGCUGCUGGAGGCAGGCACGGCUGAGCGUCCGGCGCGCGCACUGGGCUCAGGGCUGGCGGGCGGCGUGUACGCGCUGGGCUGGGGCGCCGCGCGGCUGUACGCGGCCGCGCGCCAGGAGCUGCGGGCCUACGCACUAGAGCGACCAGACGAACCCGGGACGCCGGUGCCUGUGUCGGUGGAGGGCGCGGCGUGGGGCGUGAGCGCCGUGCGCGUGCGCGAGGGCCUCAUGUGUGUCGGCAGCGACGCGGGCGGCGUAGCCGUGCUCCAAGAGCAAGGAGCCAGCCUGCUGGCGGCGACUUUCGUCGGCAGUAAAAUGAUACACACCAUCGAAUGGCAUCCACAGCAGACCUCCUUCUCCAACGAAGAGUCUCAACACAAAAAUUUAAUAGCAGUGUGCUCACAGGACAAGGCGAAUUCGGUCGUUAUAUUGGAGUUUGUCGAUAAAGAAGGAACCCAUCCGAAACUGGUUGAAUUCAAGCGGCUCACCGGACACACGAACACGGUCCUGCAAGUGGCUUGGAGCCCGCAUCAUGAAAUGAAACUGUUGUCCACUUCGCACGACGGCACCGUGAGGGUAUGGGACGUGGAGGCGGGCACCUGCAUGUCGAUAUUCGGCGGGCACGGCGGCACGGCGCUGGGCGCGGCGUGGGUCGCACAACCCUCCCUGCCGCACCACGUGCUGUCGGGUGGCGCCGACUGCUGCCUGCGGCUGUGGGACACCCGCCUACACCCCGCCGAGGCCUACCGAGAAACGAAGGAAGAAGCGCCUAAGAAAGACAAGAAAAAAAAGAAAGACAAAAAAGAAAUCAAAACUGACGCCACCGAAGACACAAAAACCGCAGAAUCUGAAAACAACGGUUUAGCAGCGACGUUAGAAUCGAAAGUAAAAAUAUCGAAGAAAUUCUUACUGCCAACGAUCACAAAACAGAUGCAAAAGCCAAAGGCAAAGGGAGCCAAGAGGAUGCUGCUUAAGUAUAUGGUGAAGAAGAAUUUGGAGACGGCAGUAGAGGAGACUGAAGAAUACGAUCUCGAUUAUGUCAAGAUGUUCGGUAAUUCGAAGGAGGUUAAUGAAGUGUUUGACAUGGAGAUGGAGCACCACCUGCGCUCGGGCAACACGGAGUCGUGGCUGGUGCUGUGCGUGCUGCGCGGACACAUCGACGCGGCGCUGCGCCUCGCCGCCGAGCGCGACCUGCUCUGCCCCUACCUGCUGAGCCUCGCGCCCGGCGUCUCCUCCAAGUACUGGAAAGACGCGUCUAAAUCAUAUUUGGCUCAAAUAGAUCGACUCGUCGCUAACGGCGAGGAAGAUAAAUUAGUCGUGAACAGGAACUAUGGCGGGCCCUUGUACCGCAAGGUGCUAACGCUGCUGAGCCUCCAGGACGUGAUCGGCGCGGUCAAGACGCUCGUCGAGAACAAACUGUACAAGGAAGCCUACUUGCUGUGCCGGAUCAGGUAUAUGGACACGAUUGGAGACGAAGUCCUGGAGUCGUGGGCCAAGAAUUGCCUCCAAUCCGGCGUAUUCGACAUGGCUGCUGUUUGCCACCUCGCUUCAGGGAAUCUGCUGGAGGCGGCGACGUGCCUCAGCAAAUGCUCCGACGCGGACAGCCUGCGCCUCGCCGCGGAGCUCGCCCGCGCCGCCGGCCAGACCAUCCUCGCCGACAACCUCAUAGGCAGGACGCUGAACACCCAGGACGUAGCGACGGAACUCGACAGGCUACUGCCUUCCAGGGCAGAGUUAUUCUUGCGAGAGACGCAGCGGAACGGAGGCCAACCUAACGGAGAUGACGGCAACGGGGGGGAUCAUGAUGAAUAGGUAGGCUUUUAAAAUACACCCAUGGCGUCUAGAACGCGAACUGCAUGUACACCCAGCUGCAAAAGUGCACGGUCACAAGAAUGAAUUCCUUUUAUGUGUUCAUGCAAUUUUGAAGCUCGCUGACCUAUGUCUAUAUGAUUUCUUAAUAUAAAAACUUCUUAAUAUUAAGGGAGAUUCUGCCGUUUUACUAAUGGAUGUUGCAUUAUAAGUCAUGGUACCUAAAGCAAAAAGAGUGUCAUUUGCUUUUUAUUACGAAAACGAAUACAAUGAUGUUAUUAAUAUUUAGCCUGUCAACGAAUACCUAGACUAAUUUCAAUUCAGCAUCGAAAAUAAACAGGGUAGUCCGUCAAGAAAGAGUAGAUAAAAUGGGACUAAAAGCGAACCACAGUGGCUACCAGCAACAAUAAAAUUCUUGUAAGUUGUUAAUUUCAUUUUUUUAUUUAUUAUUUAUAAUUAAAAUUAAUGUCUACUCUUUCUUGUUGGAUUGUAUAUAAACAUAAUAAGUGUUAAUGUGCCCCAUCAACUGUUAUUCUAAGGCAAAAGGUACCUCUAUCGAUUGUUAAUAAUUGUUCUUAUUAACAAACGACAAGGUACAAUUUGCCUGAAAAUGUAGAAAAUAUUGAGCAGGAUUCAAUUUUCUAUUUUAUCUACCUUUGUUGAAAACAUAUGCAUAUUGUUGUAUUGUUAAAUUUAUGAGCUUGUGGUAUGUAAUUCAUGUUAAACUAUUAA